UGCCUCCAAUCCCUCGCCUUUCCCGAGAUUACCCACCGACGCCAAGAGGCAGAUGUCCCAGAUCGAGCUUAUUUACAUACAUGUGAGUGGGCACUGCAACAUAAGUCGUAUACGGCAUGGAUAGGCAACGAACGCGAAUUGCUUUGGAUUAAAGGAAAGCCUGGUGCUGGGAAGUCAACAUUAAUGGCGUUUAUUUAUCUGUCAUUCCAAAAAAAUACUCUUUCGAAGCAGAGCUUAUGUCUCGACUUUUUCUUCCAUGGACGGGGCGCUGCACUACAGAAGACUCCAAUUGGCAUGUUUCGGUCUCUCUUGCAUCAAUUGUAUACCAAGGUUCCUUCGGUCCGACUACCAGUACGCGCUGCCUAUAAAGAGAAGAGAGUGUUUGGCGAGGCUGGGACGGGUUGGGAGUGGCAGCGCAGAGAAUUGGAAGACCUUUUCUCCAUUGCUCUCAUUCGCGCCGCCAAAUUGCUGUCGAUAACCAUCUUUGUGGACGCGUUAGAUGAGGCUGGUCGCGAUGUUGCAAAGGAUCUCGCUGAAUACUUCCACCGCUUGAACGACAAACUUGCAGCUGAGAGAGGCAUGGCAAGAAUCUGCAUCUCCUGCCGGCAUUAUCCAAUAUUAUCAACCAAUACCAGUCUCAAGAUCUGCGUUGAGGACGAAAAUCACGAUGAUAUUGUAAAGUACAUCAAGCACAGGCUCAAUACUGAAAUUCCAAAACGGGAAAUGGCGACACUCUCAGUUGACGAAUGUCAAGCACUUGAGAAGACCAUCGUCGAAAGAGCAUCAGGAGUAUUCCAAUGGGCACGUCUCGUUGUUCUUCUGAUCAUUGAUCUUAGUCGACAAGGAGAGUCGUUGGCUUACAUUCAUCAAGAGUUAAGCAAAGUGCCACAAGAUCUCGGCAACAUUUACGAACAUAUUCUCAUGAGGGUCAUUGAACCUCGGAAUCGGACGAGAACACUGCAUCUGAUGCAGUGGAUCUGCCUAGCCGAAAGACCACUAUCGGUGACAGAGCUACGGUUUGCUAUUGCCUCAAAUGACGUCCAUAUUCAUGAGCCCCGACAAUUCUGCAAAGAUACAAAGGACUUUGUAGACACUAAUGUGCGUAUGGAGAGGCUGAUUACUAGUUUAUCUGGUGGCCUUGUCGAGGUUAAGCAUCACAAGGCAGAGUCCACUGUACAAUUCAUCCAUCAAUCUGUUAAUGAUUUUCUACGAUCGGAUGGUUUAAAGUACCUUGCUUCACCGUCUCCUACCGCGUUGUCGGCGGAUGUCGUUAUCGGCCAAAGUCAGCAUCGACUAUGCAAGUCUUGUGUUAAUUAUCUGAGCUCAGAGGAAGUUCUACUUGCUGGCUCAGCAUUACGGGGCACUUCGUUGAAUGACCCAGAAACGGAAAGAUCCCUACUUCUAGAGUCUCUUCCGUUCAUAGACUAUGCUACAAGGUACUGGUUCUUACACGCAGAGAAAGCUGAACAUCUUGGAAGUUUGCAACAGGACGUUGUCCAGCAACUCGGAUGUCCCCCAGGACAAGCUUUUCAGACUUGGAUAAAGACCUUUCGUAACAUAGCUAAAUAUAACGCAAAGUGUCCUGAGCUGGGAUCGACACUACUACAUGUCGCAUCGAGCUCUAAUCUUCGAAGCGCUGUCCAGAUUCUUCUAAGCGGAAGUGUGAAGGACGGAGUCAACCUGAACCCCAAGGAUUCUUACGGAAAGACGCCGCUGUCGUGGGCGGCAGAGAACAGGCACGAG